AUGGAUUUGACAAGAACGCUAUGGGAGACGACUAGAGACAGCGAGCGGGGGAGGGGGAAGCGAGAGGAGAUAAGAGCAUGUAGUUUUAAGUCUAGAGGUACUCAAGGAUUUUCAUCACAGCAAUGGCUAAUAAACUGAUUGAGAUACAAGACUCUACUUACAUGUUUUCAAAGCUGUAUGGCAUAGUGCAAAGAGGAAAGGCUGUGCAAGAGCAAGUUUUCAAAUGGGGUUAUACUUAUCCAUUGAAUAUACCUAUUGCAGUAACCCUUAAAGAUCAAGUUAUGUGUGAACUAGAGUUUAGGAGAAAUUUCACUAAACAUGAGCGUGAACUUCUUGAACAGCCCAUAGACCUUAGCAAAUUUGAUGUGACUUUAAUGCAUAAAUUACUAGGAUACGUUGCUGGAUUGGCUCAUCGAAGUGAUCUUAUUUGGCAAACUCCAGGAGAUACCUUAGAAUAUCAUUUGACCACCUUCAGAAACAUGAGGAAUUCUUUAGUUCAUGAAGGAUAUAACCAUGAUUUUGAAUCAUAUUUACAGAGAGGCCAGGAGAUCUUAGAUGUGUUGAAAAGAAUUCUGCAGUGUGCAGUGCAGCAUUAUCAGAUUGAUGAUAAAACAUAUGUAGACUUGUGCCAAGAGCUAGACCAUGACAUAAACUACAUCUUAAAUUCUGAAAGAACGACUGCUAAAGAAAGUGUUUUUGUGUCUGACUUGAAAAUUACAUAUAAUAGGUUGUCAGUCUUCUCACCUCUUUUAAAUCUAUUUGAUAAUGCAAGAAAUAUACAUGUGAAUCAUGUGUUUACUGAAAUGAAAAUAACGUUAAAAGAAAUUGAAGAAGAUAAUGAUGAACAUGCUGAGGUUAAAUAUGAUGAGUUACUGAUGGUCGCAGAAAAGAAAUUGAAGCAGACAAACAAGAACAACAUUUUACUAAUUUUAGAAGGUCCAGCAGGAGCAGGCAAAACAACACUAACAAGAAAAAUUAUCCAUGAUUGGUCCUCAGACAAAAGUACCAGUACCAUGAGUCAUUUGAAAAACUAUGAAUUUGUGUUACUCUGUGAAUGUAAAGAGCAAAAUGUAAAAUCCCUCUCAGAGCUCCUUAUGGCUCUCAUGACAAGUGAAAGUCAGUAUAUUAAAAAAGAAGAGCUUGUGGGAAAGCUCAAGAACAAAAAGAUUUUAUUUAUUGUUGAUGGAUUUGAUGAACUUAACCCAUCAUCAAAGAAAGUUUUCAGAGAAAUUGUACAGAUGAGUGAAUCGAAUAACAUUGUAGUAUUAUGUACAACACGACCCUCCAAAGUGAAAGCCAUCAAAUCAGAGACUCCUGAGAAUUUUGCAGUACUAAAUGUGGAAGUUCAUGGAAUCCCAUUACAACAUAGAGAAACAUUUGUAAGCAAGUAUAGUAGAUCCAUUAAUUUUGGUCAAGAUGAAAGUAAAUAUCUACCAAGGCUGCUGAACUAUCUGAGGAGGAGAGAAAUCUGGCAGCAACGUCACUGGGACCUGCCUUUAAACUUAGUCCUCCUCACGAUCUUGUGGUUUUAUGACUCUCAGGCAGUUAACAGGUUGACCAGUGUGACAGAACUCUUUAUAGAAACAUGGAAAUUAAGCAAGAAAAACGUUGAAGGCCGGCUUUUAGAAGGUGUAAAAAAGAGGAACUUAGAUCCAAGAGAGAUGAGAAGCAAAAUUGAAAUUUGUCUGAAGGCACUUUAUAAAGAAGCCUUGAUAAGUCACAUAAAAGAUAACAUUGGAUUAGAAGAGGCUUCAGUACAAAGGCUUAAGGAUACUUGUGGUCACUUAAAUUUGUCCAGUGAUGAGAUUCUCAGUGGCUUUUUGGUCAAAGCAACUUCUGAUGUGAAUGAGGAAAUCACUUAUACUUUUCCUCAUAAAGAUUUGCAGGAAUUUUAUAUUGCUUUGUAUAUAAAUGAUGUCCUCCAAGAUUUGAGUAUAUCUCAAAUAGUAUAUGACAUUGAAACCUAUCUUCAGAUGAGUUGCAUACCUGUAGAGUACAGGCAACGUAUUCUUACUCCUGUACCCAAUAUUCUAAAAGAAUAUGAAUAUUGUAAGUCCUCUAGGACUAUCAUGAAUGUUCUUGAACAAAUGUUCGAGGAAGUUGUUGAAGAAUCAGAGAAAGAAAAGAGGCAAUUAGAUUUGAAAAACCUUAGAGGCAUUUUAAUUCAUCUGACUGGACUUAUGCAUUGGAGAAGAUCAUUGGGUGAGAAGAGAGCUGAAGAAAUUACUACAUUAUUAAAAGAUUCAGGUGUUGAAAGCAGAGUUCACUGGCUGCAUAUACUCUCACUCAUCAACUGUGAUGAUACUUUGGUCAAACACAUUGCAGGUAUGAUGAAACUUACAGGACAUAUAACAAUUCUAGGCAGGAACAUUGCUCCCUAUACCAGAGUCUUGAAGUAUGCACAGCCAAAGAGUGUCUUGAUCACAGUUAGUAGCAGGACAGAAGAUGUUCCCCUGCAAGAAGUUUUCAUGAAUCUUCACGAGUCCUGGGAGGUAAAGGUGUGUCUUGAAGAAGACUUUCAGAAUUCUACAAGCAUAAAUAGUGACACUGAUAACUCUCUAAAGGAAAUGUUUCAGAGAUGCAGAGUGACAGGUUUCUGUGGGAUAUUGAGUAAUGCUGCUGCAACUCUUCUUCCUAGCCAUCUGCAGUAUCUUAGUCUGACAGUGACUGACAGCAACCAAUAUGAGUUUCUGGUUUUUGUACUGAAUUUAAUCCCAGUCAGACAACCCCAAUUGAAACAACUAUGGUUGCAUAUCAAGAAAGGAGUAGCUUUGACGAUGAUGAAACCACUACCAGCGGUGCAGACUUUGGACCUAACACUUAACUGCACAGAUGAAACAGAAGUUGACUGGGCGUGUCAGGCUGUCAAAGCACUACAACCUGUUGACAACCACCAGGGAUACAGUGCUCUGAAGUUCCCAGGUGCUACAGAGAACAUAGCUGUGUGUGAACAGCUGCUCAAUGGCCUGGCAAACAGUGGGAUUAAAGUGAGGGAAGGCUUGGAGUUUUCCCCACCUGUGAGUACAGUGGAAAAACAAAGACUCAAAGACCUCUGCAAAACACGGCUGGGCUGGCAGCUUGAUGUGUUGGAGGAGGAGGAUAUUUGGACAAUUUGGUGGUCUCGGAAUAGGGGAUGAGCGUGAUUGGCAGGCCAGAUGUUUUAGAAGUUUGUACAAAUCCAUUUUG